AUGCCAUCCAAUAAGCAACGGCCUCCCUUCCGAGCUGAGCAUCUCGGCUCCUUGCUCAGACCCAAAGACCUUACAGAGAAGCGUAUCAAGCUUGAUGACGCCAAGGCCCUAGAGAUAUUGCAAGAUGAGGAGCUCCACGCAAUCGAAGACAGGUCUAUCAGAGAAAUUGUCAAGCUCCAGCUCGACCUCGGCUUCCAUGCCAUCAAUGAUGGAGAGUACCGUAGACAUCAAUUCUGGGGCACCUUCUUCCCCAACCUCGAGGGAUUUGAAGAGAUCAGCCCUGAUUGGGACAUGUUCAGGCUCUAUGUUCCCGACAUUGCCGCAUUCACUGAGGCUGGCCAUAAACCCGGAGAGUCAAUCGUCUGUACGGGCAAGAUCAAGCAUGUUGGCAGUUCUUAUAUCAAGGACUGGGAGUUUUUAAAGGCUCUGGUGCCUGCUGAUCGUGUCAAGGAGCUCAAGAUCACCCUGGCCGCACCAGAGUGGUAUCAUCUCCGAUACAAGCAGGGCAAGACGUACCCAAAGGAGGUUUACGCCAACGAUGCCGAGUAUUUUGCAGACGUUGCUGCUGCGUACAGGGCUGAAUUGAAAGUUUUGUACGAUGCCGGCUGUCGAAAUGUCACCAUUGAUGACCCAAACCUUGCUUAUUUCUGCUCUGAGAAGAUGCUGGCUGGAUUCAAGGAAGACGGUGAAGACUCGGAUGCUCUCCUCGAUUCCUACAUUAAAUUAUACAAUGAUUGUCUUGCAUCACGACCUCAUGACUUGCAUGUCGGCAUCCACCUUUGCCGUGGCAACUUUGCCUACAGCAAGCACUUCUCCGAAGGCGGAUACGACCGCAUCGCCACCAAGCUCUUCAACGACAUUGACGUGGACACCUAUUUCCUGGAAUAUGACACGGCGCGUGCCGGCGGAUUCGAGCCGCUCAAAGAGCUACCACCACACAAGAAUGCAGUUCUCGGUGUCAUUACAAGCAAAUUCCCGGAGCUGGAAGAUAUUGGCGCCUUGAAGGAGCGUGUCUACCAGGCCGCCGAUAUCAUUGCGAGCGGUGCGGGACAAUCCCGCGAUGACGCUCUCAAGCGAAUUGGUGCCAGUCCGCAGUGCGGAUUCGCCAGUCAUCAUUUGGGCAACUCGGUGACUCACGACGACAUGGUGGCCAAGCUCAAGCUCGUGAGAGAGCUGGCCAAUGCCAUCUGGCCAGGCGAGCCGUAG